CACUUCCGCUCGAGUCUUGGGCAUGGAUUUUUCAAUGAAAUAUUUCGAGCAGGAAAUAUGCUUUAUCUUGUUCCUGCUGACAAAUCAUUUAAAUCCAAACCGAAAGUAAAAUGCUAGAGACACACAGGCAUUUACUGAUCGUCCAUAGAGCCGCGAUCGUUGAAGAUUUGCUCGUAGAAGACGUGUUGACCGAACUACGAAGCGAUUUUAUCAUAGACCAACAUGACAGCGAAUUGGUAGAGUCGGAACGAACAAGCCGAAGUAGAGCGGAACAGCUUUUAGAUUUGUUGCCUACUAAAGGAUAUAAAGCAUUUCAGGCUUUCUAUAAUUGUCUGCUUGAGAAAUAUGAGCAUUUGGCUAAGUUGCUGGAGGGCGGAUUGAGUGAAAGUCACGAUGGACCACUGCAUGCAGUCAACAACAAUUUAACAAGUGAAGGUAGGUAAUUAGUAGGUGUAAUCGGAUGGAUCUCAUAAGAUAUACCAUCAGUGAUUAAUUUAAUGAUUCGAUCUUCCAUCCGGAUAAGUUGUCUUAUAAAAUUUUGUCAGCGAAGUUUGGUAUUAAUGGUAUGGUAUGGUAUUUAUUAGUUUGGUAUGCAUAUAAUGAAAUGCUUUGUAAUUAGAAUAUUAAUUAGAAUACAAUAAUAAUGUAUUAUAUGUUUAUAUGGAAGCCUGUUUAUAUGGAAGACGGGCUGGCCUGCUUAGCGAGACAGCCCGGAAAGCGGAAUUAAUUUCUCUUGUGUUUAUAUGAGAUAAUUUCAUUUGACAUUUUGACAGAAUUGUUAAAAAUAGCAGCAUCUAAAGUUGAACUUUCAUCUUGGCAACCAGGUCAGCCUUCUUGUUUCUUCAAGUAAGAUAUUGGCAACCGGGCCAGUCCAUUUGACCAUAUAAAAGUAACUACACAGUAGAGGUGUGCAAAUCCGAUCGGAUUCGUUUGGAUUUCGGAACCAAAAUAUUCAUUUCGGAUCGGAUUGAUAAAGUUGUUUCGUAGUCGGAUCGGAUUGGAUUGGACUUCGAUAUCCGAAAUAAAAUUAAUUAUCCACGCAUUAUCGCAAGAAUUAAUUAUCCAUGCACUUAUCAAAGCAUUAUCGAGGUUGUUGCUGCAUUAUUAGUUUGAUACUUCAAUUGGACGUCACUUUGUCAGCUUCUUGACAUGUAUUUCUUGCUUUCAUAUUUAUUUGGUUAGAUAUUUCAACUGGAAUGAAAAAUUUAUUUUAUUAAAGAUUAAUUCUUUGGAUCGGAUUGGAAUUCUUUAUCAAAACUCGGAUCGGAUUCAGAUUAGACAAUUUCAGAUCGGAUCGGAUUUUAAAAAUUAGGCAAUUGUCGGAUUAUAAACGUACAAUCCGAUCCGAUGCACACCUCUACUACACAGUUGGUUCUGGCAACUGGGUCAGCCCUCUUCUUUCUUUCAAGCAAGAUCUUGGCAACCGGUCCACUAGCCCAUUUGUCCAUAUAAAAAUAACUACACGGUGAGAUCUCACUUACCAGGUUGUCUCCUAAUAAGGAGCUGAUCAUGUCCUGCUUAUACUAGUCUUGUACAAUCAAUCAAAUGAUCACUCCAUCAAUUGCACUCCUAGCGUAAAAUAAUCGAGUAGGGCCGAUGUAUCAAUUAACUAGGCACAUUGCCACUUAAAGAGUUAACAUUAUGCAUGCAUGGGCAGAUAGUCUGAUUAGCAUAAAGGAUUAUUAACCAUGACAGUUUUCUGUAACCAAACUAGGUCCAAUGACAGAAGCCCACAAAGAAUUACUUAUAUCUAAGAGAGUGGACAUUGUUGAAGAUCUUCUUGUGGAUGAUGUCUUAGCUCAACUUUUUGCAAAAUAUGUCUUCGACAGCAAUGAUAAAGAAUUGAUUCGUUCAGAAAAGACGUCAAAACGCCAAGCUGAAAAGCUUCUGGAUCUCCUGGUGACGAGAGGGGAUCAAGCUUUUGAGCAUUUUUUGUCUGCUCUGAGAGAACCUUAUCCCCAUCUGGCUGAAUUGUUACAAGAGCAGAAGGAUCCAGGAAGAUCAAGAUUCCCUUCUGUACUUGCAAGUGAAAGUCAAGAGAUUGGUAAGGCUGGAGUUUAAUAACUAGCAUACAAUAACUGUACAUGCUAUAUGUUGUAAGUGACGUCACAAUACAUAAUUCAACAUAAUAAGGCCUUGAAAUAUCAGGUAGAUACAGUAACUGUCUGAUAAAAUGUUCAAUGACUUUGAGUUUGCGUUGGACAUAUAUGUAUUGUGAUGUUCGUUGACUUUGAACUCAUGCAUUUGGCUUGGAAAUAAAUAUGAAUGCACUAGACACAAAUUAACCCAAUGAGUGGCACUCUCCACUUAGACAGAGUAAAAUACCAAAGUAGGGCACAUCAGGGUGCAUUGCCUGACUUAAAGGCUGGGUUAAGAGGAUGCAUGGAAACGUCAUUUCAGUUCACUUUUUAAUAAUUACAUUACUCUGAUCCUCAAUCCAUUUAACAUAUGAGCCUCUAGUCCUCGACUACAUUAGGGUACAUUUUUUACAUUAGACCAAGUUACAGUCAGGUUGGACACCAAUUCAUUCGAGUCAGACAAACAAAUAAAUAUACCUCAGUUUCACUUACUGUAGGUCAUACAGAAUGCCCAGUGGUUUCCUCUCUAUAGUCAAACAAUUUCAUGAAUAGGUUGGACAAUGUCUGUGACUGACCGAUAUUUGAGACCUAAUAAUUGUUUGACUUCUAUCACUUUGGGUGGCAAAUGUUUAUAGCUAAAUAGAAACAUAACAUGAUGUCAGGUAGCUGUCAAAAUUUCACAGCCAGGUUUGCUUGGGAUGUAAGUCCAGUUGAUGUCUUAAUACAAGUUUAAAAAGCUGUUUGGUAAAUCUGGAUGACAGUACGUAGCUUCCUUUGUUGUCCAUAGAUACUAGCUCCCAAAAACGGGCCACGUAAUAUUGCCACGUGACUUCAAGACCUGCAAACAAGUUGUUACAAAUCUGUUCAUAAGCUAUCGAGAAGUUGUGUUCACACUGCUUAUUCCCAGUUGUUGUAACUGACAAGUUUGGAGCUGUUAUAACAACUUUUAACAAGCUUGAUGGCAUUAUCAGACAUGUUAGAAGGUUGUUCUGGGGAAUUCGGUGACAGUGGCUUCCUUCGCUGUCCUUCGAUGCUACCCCAAAAACGGGUGAUGUAUAGUAAUAUUCCCGCGUGACUGUGAAACCUGGAUAGACUAAAGAAUACAAUAUUGUAAUUUCUAACUUACAGAAUUGCGUUCUUUGAUAACUUUUCUAUUCAUACAGUAUCUUUAUUGCAUUCACUAUUUGAUUCAAUUUUUUAGUGCAAUCCUCUAUAAUGGCAAUUAAUGUAACUACAGUAUGUUCUUUAUAACAACCCCUGUUUAUUGUAGUGGAAUCAAAACUGCUGGAAGGAGGGGUCCCGAAACAACCUCAGGUGUUCACGCAACGACCACGUGAAAGACACAAUUUACGCACGGCGUUGCGUUCUUUGAAAGACCGCGAUGCAUGGGUCGUGCUUCACGGCAUGGCUGGAUGUGGCAAGACUGUCCUUGCUGCUGAUGCCCUUCGCAGUGGCUCGUUACUGGACGAAACCUUCCCUGGAGGAGUGGUGUGGAUGCAAGUUGGACCUGUAGACCGCCAGAGACUUCUGAUGAAGAUGCAAAAUCUCUGCACCCGACUGGAUGAAGAUAAACACACACCGGUACCACGCAACCUUGAAGAAGCCCGCGAGCGUCUUCAGACUCUUUUUAGGGAGCAACAUCCGAAGACGCUGUUGGUCCUUGAUGAUCUCUGGAGUGCUCACGAUGCGCGGUUCUUCGAUAUCCGUGCUCGAGUUUUAGUCACUACCCGUGAUGUUAGUAUUGCUGAUCGUAUCGAAGUCAUGAGAUGCCCAGUGAGCGUAACCGAGGGAUUAAACUCGAACCAAUGUAUGGAUAUCCUAUCUCAAUGGACCAACAUGCACAUGACGGAGUUACCAAGAGAAGCUGACAACAUCAUUGAGGAAUGCAACGGGCAUCCUUUGGUAAUCAGCAUAAUUGGCGCGCUACUGCGAGACCAUCCACAACGAUGGUUGCAUUACUAUACGUUAUUACGUAACCACAAGCUGAGGAAAUUUAAAUCGAAGUUUGCGUACCAAUAUCCAAACCUGAGCGAAGCUAUUGCCAUGAGUAUCGAGAAUCUGAAAAAUGACUUGAGGAACAAAUUUCAUGAUUUUGUUAUAUUUGAUUCGUCUAUCAAAGUUCCCAUUUCAGUGUUUUGUUUGCUUUGGGAUAUGGAGGUAUGGAAGAAAAUUCAAUUUUUUUAAUGCUCGCAAAAUGUAAUAUAUUUUCACCUGGGCUUGAACUCAUCAUCAUAGUAUGGGCAUACCGCUAUCAUCAGACCGCACACGAGAGAAACAUGCUGAGCUAGCCUGCACGCGAGGCAGUUUGCUCAGCAAGAUUAUCUCGUGUGCGGCGGGCUUAAGGAUCGGGUCAUAGCCAUGAAGUGGCAGGCCAUGUCCCUUUUACGCACAUUGGAUUUCCCUAGGAAGUAGGAAAUAAUUUUCACCCAAUUUAGUAAUGCGUAAUAAACUAUCAUAUAUUGAUCAUCCGUUCCGUUUUACUUAGAAAGAAGACGUAGAAGACAUCAUGGCUGAGUUGAUCGACAAAUCUCUGGUGAAGACCACACAGUGCGCAGACUCUCCCCACGGACCAUUAGGUUAUGCCAUACACAACUUACAGUUGAACUACAUGUUGGAGAAUUGUGAUGACAUUGAAGCUCGUCACAGGAGACUGGUUGAAUGCUAUAAGAAAGCGUGUAAAAGAGGUAUAAUUGUUUAGAAAGAGAGUACGAUGCAAGCAGCAGAGAUAUUUAUGUUGUGGAUUCACUGGCUUGUAUGGGAUAAGGCAGAUGAGACCCAACAGUUUCCUGGGCAGCGACUGGGUAGAAGGUAGCGGGCAAUAGUGAGCGGGCAGCGACUGGGUACAAGGCAGGGGUAAGGUGCAACAUCACCAAAGAGGUUAUGAGCAGGGAUGCAUGGAUCCAGCCAGAUCUGGAAUGGGGGAUGCUAAUCUAUUUUUGGUAAUGGUAUAGGUGCGAACGUUUUCCAAGUGCAUGGGUAAUCACUAGAGGGAGCUACAUACGGCAGCAAUUAUGUUACUACCUCAUUUUGUCUAUAUUUUUGUUUUUGUUAAUAUACUUUUUCAAACUCAAAAAUGGAUUUGAUAAGGAAAUUUACCCCCCCCCCCAUGCACCCCCUUUUGCCAAGGUUGGGAGGGAUGCGUACCCCUGUACCCCAUAGUAAAUACAUCCUUGGUUAUGGGAAAUAGCUCUCUGUAGAGUUCAACGGCAGAUAUGAUGGUAUGGGUAGUGUUUUUAGAUUCUAACUGAAUAUAGAUGGAAUUUUCGAACGAAAAUUUAUAUACAGUUAGAUUCCAAGCUUUUUUAGAAAUUUUGUUAAGAAUUAUGUAGAACUAAGGUCCGUGGUUGGUCCUUUUUUAGCCUAUAUGUUUGAGGCAGAAUGUAAAUUUUCUUUUCAAUUUAAUAUUACGCGAACCAUACUCUUCUAGGAGAUUUUUCAAGCCUUGAUGACGAUGGCUAUGUCUAUUGGAAUCUCGUUCACCACAUGCUCGAAGCAAAACAACAAGGGAAGGCAAUUCAGCUUCUCACAAACCUUGCUUGGGUGACAAGAAAACUUGAAGUGAGCGGACCUGCUGAUAUCAUCAACGAUUAUAUCAAAGUUGAUAAACUUAUCGAGGAGGAAGAAGUACGCGACCAUUUUGAUUAUGAUUUUGAGUAAAUAUAUAUUUCAGAAUAUCUUCGUAGAUAAGGCGUUCGAAAUCCUUGUUUAUUUGUAUCAAAAAGCCUUUUACUUUCUAUAAUAAUCAUCAUCCUCGUGUCUCUUUUUGCCGCAAUCUCCUUCCCAUUAUAGCCAAUUCUUCCUUGAUGUUAUCUUUCUCAAAUCCUCCUAAGGUUGACACAAUCUAUCCAAUGUGGCCUACCUCGUAGGUUACAUGUGGUCGUUUUCUAUCUUUCCAUCUUUGCCUUCAGAAGGUAAUUCCUUUCCUUCUAUUGGCAGGAAAGGAAUGUAACCUUCCUUUCCUGCCAAUACACAUCGAAUGAUAUAUUGUAGUACGUAAUUCACUAAACAUUUCUUUGUAGAAAGACGAAUUUAAGAAUCUGAAAGAUUUCUAUAAUUUUGUGAGAACAAACGCACACAUGUUUGCAAGUCGUCCUAUUCCUGACAUUGUUCAGACCGCAUUGAGUGAACCCGGAGACAACGAUGUUUACAAGCAAGCAAAAGAGGAGGCCUUAAAAAGAUCGAAACAGAGCAGACAUUACGUAGAUUGGUGGUAAGUUGUUCACGCAUAAUCUAGUUCAUCUGACUGAUGGUGAUGGUGAUGAUGGUGUUAUGGCAAUGAUGAUAGUGGUGAUGGCAAUGAUGAUGGUUGAUGAAUCUGGUGAUGAUAAUGAUAAAUGAUGAUCAUGAUGGUUACAGUGGGAUGGUGUUGGUGAUGAUGGUGUGAGUGAUAAAUGAUAAUGAUGAUGCAAAUGGUGUUGAUGAGGAUAAUAAUUUUGAUUAGGUAGCCACCUCAGAAAAUUCAAUAUAAACUGGUCAAAAGUAAGCAAGAAAUAAAUUCUCUUUGUAGUAACAAAGAAAGUGAAAGCGCCCAAUCUCUUGAAAUGACUGUGAAACCUCACGAUGGAACUAUUCAUUGUUGUGUUUUUUCAUCGGAUGGUAAAACUAUUCUAUCCUCGUCCUCUGAUGGAAAGGCCAAGGUACGCAAACUUUAUUAAUUAAUUAAACCAAAACAAUUGCAGUAAUUCUUUCAUUCUGAACACCUCUAUCUGCUCUACAUAAGAUGUUUUUCCCGAGAUCUAAUGAGAAAUAUCGCUUAAUGCUCUGGUAUUAUUACAGGACAAUUGAAAUACUGUAGUCCCGGAUUGACUUUGUCCCGGUCUCGUGUAAACGAGGCCUUAUACUUCAAUGUUGGAAGAGCAAUGCCAAGGCGAUCAUCAAGGUCCAUAGACGCAAAGAAACUAAUAACAAGAAUUCUCUGAUUCCUUUUGUUUGUAAUCCUAUAGGUUUGGGAAGCGAUGUCUGGGAAAGUACUUCAUUGUCUUGAAGAUCAUGACGAUAUCGUCAUUUGUUGUGCUUUCAACUACGACAAUACCAAGGUUUUAACCACAUCUCAUGACAGAACUGUCAAGGUACAAAAUAUAAUAAAAUAUCUGCAUUGAACAAAUUGCAUCGCCGAACACAUGUCUAUCGUAUUUCUUGCACACUGCUUAAAAACCUGUUGAAUACAGUGCGUUGAUUGAAUUAAUAAUUCGCAUCAUCAAAUUUCCUUUAGACAAAUUCUGAAGUUAAUAAUUAUUUUAAACCUCGUUUACAGAUAUAAGGAAUCGACAAUGUUAAAUAUCUGAUGAUUUUGCUUUAUAUAGAUUUGGAAACUUGGUGUCCAGCAUGAGUUAAAACUCACAUACGAAGGUCAUAAACAGGACAUACAUUGUGCGGCAUUUUCACCGACGGGGAAAGAAGUUAUUUCUUGUUCAGCUGAUACCACGAUCAGGGUAUGUAGUCUCUUCGUCGUUCUUUGCAUGUACUGUAAGCUGCUCUAAUUGGUGUAAUUUAACUCAGUGAUUUAAUAGAAAUCUUUCAAAUUGUAAGCUUUUUCCGGACAUUAGGAUCCUGUACGCCCGACCAAAGUUUAGAUACAUGUAAGUUUGGAUUAAAUUCUAAGAUAUCUGUUUUAUUUUCGCUAGAUCUGGAACUGUGACACAGGAGUGACUAGUGUUGUAUGUAAAGGUCAUUCAGAGGUUGUUCGGUGGUGUUGUUUUUCAUCUGAUGGUUUGAAAAUUGCAUCCGGAUCUGAUGACCAAACUGUCAAGGUUGAUAUUACAUAGUACACUUCAUUAUCAUCAUUAUCAUCAUCGUUAUCAUGAUCAUCAUCAUUAUCAUCAUAAUUUUGAUCAGCAUCAUCAUCACCGUCAUUAUCAUUAAUCCUAAAUUAUAUUUUCUCAUUGCCAUAAUUUUCACAUUUUCUAAAGGAUGCACUCCUGUCUUUUCUUUAGAUUUGGGAAACUGCUACAGGGAAAUGCUUGGUCACGACUGAUAAACAUGACCGAUUCGUUUCAUAUUGCUGCUUUGAACGUGAUGAUUCUUUGGUAUACGCUAGCUCAGCAACCGUUAUUCGGGUAAAUAUAAAUUCUUUCUUCAUGUGCAUGUAUAUUUUACCAAAAGCAAUCUACUGUAUUGCUUAAAUUUAUUUAAGCCUUGAGGUUUUUUUUAAGCUUCUUUAUCUCUAUGCUUUGAAAGAAUUGUUGUAAAUUUAAUUAUUGCUUUAAUUUGUAUAAAUGGUGGUGAAAUAAAUUAUUGAAGUACAGUAUUGAAGUAUUACGAAGUAGUGAUCAAAAUAUCAAAUACUUAAUUUCCGCCAUUUUCACUCUACUUUUCAUAUAGAUUUCUGCUGUGCAAUGGUGUAUCACAAAGAUUACAUAUUAUUUUUCUCUGUUUUCCCAUUAGAUAUGGAAUAGUGAUUCUGGGGAAUCUUGUGGCUCUAUUGAAAUGGCUGAAGAAGUUUUAGCGUUUGCAUUAUCUCCUGUGGAACACAAGAUUGCUGUGGCUCUAUCAGAUGCCACCGUGCAGGUAUAGCAUAUACUGAAAAUAUUCAAUGUCGGCUUAUACUAUAUACUGUAUUAAAAUCUAUCAGUUGUUGAUGCUGGAAGCGUCUUAGUUUGUACUUUUGCUUCGGGCAGUGCUGUGUGCCGGAGACCGAAGUUCAGGCGGAGCUCCGACGUUUUCGGGCAGCUGGAGUCGGAGUUGCAGUACUUUCUCUCAACUCCGGCUGGAAAGUCAGAAUGACAAGAAAUGUGACAACUUCGGAGAAUUAGCGUUGGUUACAAAUAAUGGCAACAUUGAAUUUGUUGAAAGUACAUAUAAUCCGAAGUCAUAUCUGUCGUGUCAAAUCAUUUCACCAUUUUUGGUUACUGCAAACGGCCAAAUUGCAACAAGUCAUUAUGUCUGUGAUCUAUCUUAUCACAGAAAGAGUUGGAAUACAAUUGUAAGCGUCAUGCUUUGAUACGCUGCAUCACAUCAUCUCACCUUGGGGACAAAAUUGAGCCGAAUAAUAUCCGCCAUUAUCCGGACUUAUCUCCUGAGUUGUGAACCAAGGCAGCCGGAGCCAGAUAUUUAAGCCGGAAAGUAGCCGGAGCUGAAAAACUGGAGUUUGCACAGCUCUACUUUUGCUGCGCUACCAUGCAUGAUACUCAAUUGGCACUGUGCAACAUCUAAAUACUAAUUAGAAUAUUAUACGCUAUAUUCGGCGGGUUCAACUAAGCUCAAAACAUCAAAACAAAACAUACAGUACAGUACAGUACUCCUGAUAAUAGCAUCUUGUGCGCUCAAGAUUUGAGUUAACAUCAAUAGGGCACAAUAUACGGUUAUAUUUUUAUUUAUUUCAAAAUUAUUAUCAGACCUACUGUAUUUAGAAGGAAGCUGAUAUUUAUAGGCAAUUAUUUAGCAGCAUUACUGAAUCCCGCCAACGAAAUAUACGACAGACCGUAUACUGUAUACGAUUCAUUGCAGCUUUGGGACAGUGUCACUAAAGAACAACUGAAUGUGUUUCAUGGUCACAAAAGUUGGGUUCACACUGUGAACUUUUCUCCCGACGGCACUCAACUGGUCAGCGGUUCUGCUGAUGCAACUAUCAAGGUUUG